AUGGCGACCGAGUCGCCGUUCCGGGCGGACGUGCUGAGGGGCAAGGCGGCGCUGGUCACCGGCGGCGGCUCCGGCAUCUGCUUCGAGAUCGCCGCCCAGCUCGCCCGCCACGGCGCCCACGUCGCCAUCAUGGGCCGCCGCCGCGAGGUCCUCGACAAGGCCGUCGCCGCCCUCCGCUCCGAGGGCCUGCAGGCUGUUGGAUUUCAGGGAGAUGUACGUAACCAGGAGGAUGCAGCUAGGGUACUUGCGUCAACUGUCGAGCAUUUCGGCAAGCUUGACAUUCUUGUCAAUGGUGCAGCGGGCAACUUCCUUGCAUCCCCGGAGGAUCUGACACCCAAGGGAUUCCGAACAGUUCUUGAGAUUGACACUGUGGGUACAUACACAAUGUGCUAUGAAGCCCUGAAGUAUCUGAAAAAAGGUGGGCCAGGGAGAGGUCCCUCCACUGGUGGCCUCAUCAUUAACAUAAGCGCGACACUGCAUUACACUGCUUCUUGGUACCAAAUUCAUGUCUCCGCCGCUAAGGCAGGUGUUGAUAGUAUCACAAGAACGCUGGCUCUGGAAUGGGGAACAGAUUAUGAAAUUAGGGUCAAUGGAAUUGCACCAGGACCAAUCGGCGGCACUCCAGGACUAAGGAAGCUUGCACCUGAUGAAAUGGGCAAGGGGAAAAGGGAAAUGAUGCCUUUAUUUAAGUUGGGGGAGACACGGGAUAUAGCAAUGGCCGCGCUCUAUCUUGCUUCCGAUGCAGGCAAAUAUGUAAAUGGGACUACAAUGGUGGUUGAUGGAGGGCUUUGGUUGAGUCACCCUCGCCACAUCCCCAAGGAGGAAGUGAAGGAGCUCUCAAAGGUGAUCGAGAAGAAGGUUAGGGCCUCUGGUGUAGGUGUACCGUCCAGCAAGUUGUGA